AUGUGUUAUACAAAAGCGCAAGAAAUAAUAGACGGAAUUCAAUCAUCGGAUUGCAAAAUACGAUUAAAAUAUGUAAAAGGAUUAAAAUUCUUAUGUGAAAUAAUUGGCCAUGAAAAAACAAAGAAUGAGUUAAUUGAAUUUUUAUAUAAUAUAAUUGAGGAUGAUUCUGAUGUUUUAAAUGAAUUAUCAAAUCAUUUAAUUUUUUUAACGAAUUUUAUAAAUGAUGUUAACAACUGUGAGUAUUUGUGUGAUUUAAUAUUGAGUUUUUUAAUAAAGUAUGAAAAAGAAAUAAAUAUAAAUGGAUAUAAUGCCUUUAAAAUAUAUAUACAGAAGUGUGAUAGUAGCACUUUAAUAAAUGUAAUUUAUCCCAAAAUAAUAAAAUUAGCUGAAAAUGAAAGUGAUAAUUAUCGCAUUGGAGUUAGUAAAAUAUUACCACUAAUAAUAGAAAGAUGUAUAUAUGAAAAUCAAUCGAAAUAUACUAAAAUAUUUAUUUAUUUAUUUAUGGAAUUGUGUCAGGAUCAAUGUAUAUUGGUAAAAAAAUCAUGUUGUGAUAAAUUUUGUGAUUUUUUAAAAAUUUUGAAAUCAUACAGACAUAAAUUAAACAAUCAUGGUAAUUCUAUAAAAAGUGAAGAACAGAUAAAAGCAAAUAGUGAAGAAAUUAGAAGCAACAGUGAUACAUAUAAAGUUAAUAAAGAUAAUACAAAAAAAGAUUUUUUAAAACAUACAAAAAAUAAUAGAAAUAAACAAGAAAAACAAGAAGAGAGAGAAAAAAAAGAAGAUGAAAAUAACAAAGAGUUAGAGAAAAAUGAAUUAGAUAAAAGAGAAGAAAAUGAUAUGGAAGAAGAAGAUGAUCAAGAAAAAAUAUUAUUUAUAGAAAAAUUAUGGAAAAAAUCGAAAGAAAUAUAUUCAAGUUUUUUUUAUUCUAUUAAUGGACUAGAUGAAGUUCAAAUUAGUGCAGUAACUAUAUUAAGUGAAAUUUUAAAUAAUGAUAUAAAUUUUGUAAACAAUAUAGAGCAUAUUUUAACCAAUAUAUGUAAUGAUGAUAGUUGGAGAGUGCGAGCAAUUUUAGCUAAUAAUAUUCAUGAAAUUUUAAAAAUACUAAAAAAUAGUGACUUAUCUAUGAUAGUAUUAUUAUUAUUAAAAGACUUAGAUAGUAAUGUGCGCAGUAUCAUUUUAAAUAAUUUAGACAAAAUAUUAACAUCUUCAAAAAUUACAAUAAAUAUAAUUGAUGAGGUAUUUGAUGAUUUAAAAAGAGAUAUUGAUAGUAAUAAUUUACAUUUAAAAAUAUCAUUAUGUAGAUUAUUGUGUUCAUUACCAGAUAUUUUAGACAAAAAUGGGUCUAUUGAAUAUAUAUUACCUUUAUUUUUACUUUUUAUUAGAAUAGAAGAAACCGAUUUAAAAUCUGAAUUGUUUGUAUGUUUGCAUAAAAUAUCUAAACUAAUAUCUUUUUUUGAUAUGAAACAAAUAAUAAUUCCAUUAUGCCAUGAAAUUGUGAAAAACAAAAAUUGGAGGUUAAAAUAUUCUUUGUAUUACUAUUUAAAAUUUUUUGAUCAUUUUUUCUUUUUUCAAAAUAAAGAAAAUAUUACUUCUAACUAUAAAGACUUCUGGAAUUAUAUAGAUGCAGGUGCAAAAGAUUUGGUUUAUUCAAUUAGGAUUGCAGUGGUUGAAACGUUAGAAUUUCUAAUAAAAAAUAAAAAUUUUAAUUUUUUUGAAAAAGGAAUAACAUAUUUAUUAAAUGAUUUAAAACAGUCUAGUAAUUAUAUAUUGAGAAUUAAUUGUUUACAAUAUAUAUCAAAAUUAAUUAUAUAUUUUCCAUUAAAAUAUAUAGAAAAUAAUAUUUUAAAUAUUAUAGAUGAAUUGAGUAAGGAUAAAAUUAGUAAUAUUAGAUAUAAUAUAGUUAAAACAAUUUAUUAUAUAAAUAAUUAUAUUAAGCAUGUUUUAUGCAUCAUCAAAAAUAACAAAUAUGAUGAAUUAAUUAACAAUGUUACGGAUAUUGUUAAUAACAAAAAUAAAGAAAACCAUCAAAAUUUUAAUUCAAGUAGUGAUAAUUCCCAAUAUUUCCAUAUUUUAGAAAAAAAAUCGAAAUUAUUAACGAAUCAUAUGAAUAGUAAUGAUUCAUUUUUAAUUGAUUCAUCUUCAAUUUCUUCACUUUCUUUUUAUGAUAAUAUGAAAAAUACAGAUACAAACAAAAAAAGUUGUGAAUUUAUUUUAAAUUUUUUAUCAGACAUGAUUAAUUUUUUAAGUAUCGAUAACGACUAUGAUGUAUCAAAAGCUUCUAUUUCUUUAAAAAAUAACGAUUUCUUUUUUUAUGUAAAUCCUGUAAAAGCUUUUAAUGCUGUCUGCAAACCAAUUAAAUGA